AUGGUAAGAACAAUACGCCUAAUCUUUACCAUUCUGCUAGCGGUGGCGUCGAAAGCAUUUUUCACCWGUAAAGAGCAAGAUCAAAAAGGAUGCAAGUGCAUUGAUCGAGCCAACGUGACAGCACUCUGCAGAAUAGACCAUCUCACCGAUCUCAAAAAAUACAUUCCUUUCCKAUCAAAGAUUAAAACGUUGAUAGUGGUAACUCGAUCGAAAUUCACCUCGAUUUAUGAUCCGUUUACCAGUAAAAAGUGCACUAAAAUAUUUCAWUACAUUCAUAGAGAUCUUUCCAAGAGCAAUAUUCAAGAAGUUCCUCCCAAGAGUCUUUCAYAAUUCACAGGACUUUCCACUCUGUCUCUUUCCACCAACAACAUACAAACUAUCAGAGAACAUGCAUUCUUUGGAUUAAAGAACUUGAAUACGCUGAACCUUCGWGGAAACAACAUCAAAAACUGGAACACCAUGUCACUCAUCAAUAAUUUGCCACGUCUUGAGGUGCUGAACAUAGAGAAAAAUAUCGAGUAUAUGCCAGAUGAAAAUAUACUUAAUCUUCCAUAUCUUAGUAGGAUUCACUUCUUAGAUGAAACAUUUCUUGCCAGAUUCAAGACUCGUUGCAUUUUAUCUAAAAACGCCACUGAAUACGUGARYAAYGGAUGGAUGUUAAUUCCCAAAUCACWUAAAAACGUUGACAUUCUUGACACGCUUGCCAAGCGGRARGAUGMCUGCACUGAGGCAAAACUGGUGAUAAACYAWAAAAAGUUCUGGAAUAUGACGUCCAAAAAUGGUUUCCAGAUUAUUUGCAAGCCAGUCUUAAACAGWUCUUUGCRAGAYRCWAAAACAGAAAAUGGCUGGUACCACAUAGAAGCUCAAAACAGAGGAUGCUGGAGCGCUAUUAACCUUGUGUAUAUUUUAACAAUUUCGAUAGGAAUUGCAUCUUUUGUCCUAAAUCUCAUCAUUAUCGUCACAACGCUGAAAAGCGAUGCUCUGCGGAAGUCGACAGCACAUGUCUUUGUCGCAAAUUUGGCAUCGGGAGAUUUCCUGACUUCGGUUUAUACCAUAACUCUAACAAUUACAAGACAGAUCGUUAGUUUCGAAAUUUUCUUUUCAUUUCAACAAAGGUUUUGUAAAAUUGUAGGAAUAAUCUUUAUGAUUGGACAGUUCAUCAGCCCACUGAUGACGUUGAUGAUGACAUUAGAGCGAUAUUUUGUCAUUGUCCACUGUAUGAAUGCAGCAAGAAGAAUAACCUUAACUCAUGCUUAUAUAGCAAUGGUAGUAUGGUGGAGCUCUGCCAUUUCAUUGUCUAUAUGCAUAAUGUUUGUAGAAAGGCUGUCAAGUCCUUUAGACGACGUUUGUAUUCCUUUAAAUGAUACUAAGGGUGAAAAUGUGCUGCAAUAUCCACUAGUUUUCCUAUCGCUUUGCUACCUAACGUCUGUGGUUUUAUAUCUUCGCAUUUACUUUGAUGUAAAGAAUACAAGUCAAAGAACUGAACAGUUGCGUAAAGACAGCAGUAUCGCCAAGAAAAUUGCAUUGAUCACAGCAACUAAUAUUCUCUUCUAUAUUGUGCCAGUUAUGAUCAUUCUUGUUUUAGCCAACACCUUUGUGAGAUAUUACUUAGAUGCAAGAACUAAGAAUAUCUUUUGGAACUGCUUUGGUAUCACCUGUCUUGUGACAAAUUCUUGUCUCAAUCCACUGUUGUUUUCAUUUAGUAAGGGACUUUUUCGUACAGAGCUUCGUAAACAGAUUGGCUGGAAUUCGAAUAAAAUACACGUUGGAGGGGAGACAUCUUGAUUGCAAUCAAAGAAAAAUACGUAAUGCACACAACGUCUUGAAAAAAAAAAAAAAACA